GAACUUUAUCACAAUAUUCUAAUUUUCUGAGACAGUCCUGUAUAAGCGUGACUAAUACCAAGUGUUUAUUAAAUAACACAGUAACAGAAAUGUUUUGAUGAGAACAGCAUUACGGCAUGACGUCAAAAUGUUCAACGUACAUGAGUUCUCACACUCUUGCCUAAUACAAUCUAAAUGCUAACAUCAGCAUGCUAACCUUCUCACAAUGACAAAGCUAACAUGCUGUUGCUCGGCAUUAUAAUGUUCACCAUGUUCUCUUAGUUUAGCAUGCUAACAUUAGCCAAUCAGCCCUAAAGAAAGUAUCAAUUUCUGUAUAUAUCUCUUCUUUUUCACUGAUUUUUGUCAUACAUUAUAAAUGAUGCAUGCUCAAUUUAACAUGUUCUAAGUUUGACUCCAUCAUGCAUAAGCCAUUCGGUCCCCCUCCCAUCACCUCAUGCUGAAAAUGAGGCAGCGUUCUCCAUGGAAACUGCAGCCCUCUGAGGCAGUCGCAGCUAAUCCUCAGGAGAUUACUCAACUCUUACUUCUCAUAAGAGGGUUUUAUUUGCAGCACCAAUGCCCAAUAAUUCUGCCCAAACAAGCUCUGGGUCUUCUGUUCAUCCCGUCGGAGGAGGAAAGCAAAGCUAGUUACGGCAGCAGAGAGCAGAGGAGGGGAGAACGGUUCAUCUGCUCUGAGCCAGUCCUGGGAGCUUGAGGGAAUCGGACAUCCCAGGGUAGAAACAUGGAGUUCAGCGGCAGUGGUCCCACUUUGCUUCUCCUGCUGCUUCUUGGCCAACUGGAGGUGAGGGGGCAGGAGCGGGGGUCCCUGCAGGAGGCUCUCGGGGCCUUAAAUCUGCCCCUCGCUACCGACGAAAAGCCACAGCUCCAAAAGAACCACACCGGUGUCCUGAUCGCCGAGCUCCUCCGGGAGGUGCACUGUGCAGAGCGGACUGGCACCUCUCAGGAUGUCUGUGACAAGUGCCUGUCAUCAGAGGUAGCUCUCUCUGUGCUAGAGGACGAUGGGAAGGCUUACCUCACCGAGGAGGACUACCAGCAGAUCUCCACUGUUCUGCUCUACUACAUCAUUAACCUUCAGGACCUGUGUGUAUCAAAUGCCGCCUCCCUUUCCUCGUCCUCCUCCUCCUCAUUUGGGAACAUGGAGUUCUACCUUUUGGCCCUCACCAAUCUGCACCCGGCUGAGGACGACCUCUUCCUCUCAUUAAGAGAAACAGAAAGUAUUCUGCAGCUUAUCAACCAGCACUAUGACCCCCCCAUUCGAGAUGCCUUAUCCGAUUUGCAAUGUGUUGAUGCCGCUCACCUCCUUGAGGAGGUGAACGUACAAGAACAUCCAGGCGCUGGUGUUUCUGUGCCCAAACUGGCUGCUGCCAUCAUCAGCCAUAUCCUGCAGGGCCACUGUUUCAGACGGAGGAGCAGCCCGUCUCCCGCUUUCUUUACCGACUACAUCUUUCAAUCCCUAAAUUGCACGAGUGACCUACAGAUAAUAGAUUUCGAGGAGUUGCUCCAUCAGCUGGGAGUAGGACGAGAAGCAGCGCCACACUCUCAUAACAGGAAGAGGCGGAGUUCACAGAAAGGCACCAGCCAUUCGCCGGAUGGUUGCAACCAUGUAGCUGGUGGAAUAAGCACGGACUGGGCUCAGGUCUGUUAUUCAGCCAAUCAGCUGUUGGAUAUUUUCACUCUGAAUCCUCAUCUGCCAAUUUCCAAGGAGCACUUCAAGCAAAUGUGCCCUGCCAUCAUUCAGCAGUUGCUAGGCAAUGCCUGCAAGUCUGCAGAGCAGAACAGAAGAGGAUCUCUGCCCACUGCUCUUGAGAAGUACGGCUACAGCACGGCGGCCGUCCUGCUCGUCACGGUGGGCUCCAUGCUCGGUAUCUGCCUGAUCUUCUUCAAGUCCUGCCAGGAAACCUACACCCUCAUCCUGCAGCUGUUUGUGGGCUUGGCCGUGGGAACCCUCUCAGGAGAUGCCCUCAUGCACCUCAUACCACAGAUCCUUGGCCUCCACGAUGACACUCUCAGUCAUGACGCUGAACACUUAACGGAAGACAAAGUGUAUCUGUGGAGGAUUCUGGGGAUGAUCGCUGGGAUCUACGUCUUUUUCCUCAUUGAAAGACUUGUUUCCAUUUUCGCUCCUCAUGGCCUCGGUCAUAGUGACCUUCACUUAGAGCUCCAGUGCAACGGCCAGUCACAGAGGGAGAAGUCCAUCUCCACCAUACAGCUGGGAGCAGUGGACGACUCGGAGUGCACCGAAGCAUCUCCUGAACACGUCGACACUCGGAGGCCUUCACCUCAGAGACAAGGGGUUCCUCUGCUGGCUGUGAUGAUAAUCGUGGGAGACAGCCUUCAUAACUUUGCCGAUGGCCUGGUUAUCGGAGCGGCCUUCUCUUCUUCGACCGAGACCGGCAUGGCGACCACCGUGGCCAUCCUGUGCCACGAGAUCCCGCACGAGAUGGGGGACUUUGCAGUGUUGUUGAGCUCCGGACUCUCAGUGAAGACGGCCGUGCUGAUGAACUUUCUCAGCGCUCUGACGGCCUUCAUGGGACUCUACAUCGGACUGUUCGUGUCCUCAGAGAUGGAAGUGCAGCGGUGGAUCUUUUCCGUUACUGCCGGGAUUUUCCUCUAUUUGUCACUGGUCGAAAUGCUUCCACAGAUGAAUCGAGUGAAGAGCGACAGACCGUGCCUCAUGUUUUUCCUGCAGAACGUCGGCCUGUUGAUGGGUUGGGCCUGUCUUCUGCUCCUCGCACUCUUUGAACACAAACUCAAAUUCUAAAUGUCGUUUACGUGAUUCGUGAAGUCGACCUCUUCACAAAGAGUUGAAUCAAAACAAAUGUGGACUUGUGUGUGCAACCAAGAUGAUAUAACACGUCCUUAUUGGUCACCGAGUGAGUAUUUCAUGAUGUUGUAGUCUCCGCACUGGAUGGUAAAUGUACGAUAGCCGUAUGAAUCCUCUUUUUUUUUACACUUGAUGAUUUAUUUUUGUAUGUUAGGUAUCCAACACUAAACUGUUUAAACUCUUAUAAUGAGCUUAUUUUGAUGAUUCAUGUACAAUUGUUCACUUUUAUCAUUUCUGUCAAAUAUGUACAUUGCCUCGGACAAUCAAAUCAAAGUAAUUCCUCACAAGCAAACUAUAAAAUAUUGUACAUCUUUAUUUGGUUUGGUCUGCAUGCAUUUGACGUCAGUGUCUUUACACUAAUUGGGAAAAGUGUUGUUAGAAAGUCGAGUCCAUGCUGUGUGUCAGGUUGUAUUUUGCAUUUUUUUAGACAGGCCAACAAGAGGUUUCUAAAAAUAACUGUGAAACUUUGACUUAUAAGAGAAAUUGAGGCACAUUUGUAUUUAGUACAUUUCCAAUCAAUAAAUUCUGAUUAAAUUGA